GAAUGAAAUCUAUCACUCCACCGCCCCACUAAUCUCUCUCUCCCCGGCGAUUUUGCUCUUUGGGAGGGUUGGAAGUUUCGCCGGCAACAGUUCACCCAAUCCUUCGAUCGCCGGCAUCCUGUUGUUAUCCCUAAUUUGCCCUCUUAACAUUACAACAAGUUGAAAUUCGCUGCAGGCAUAAAUCAAGGAGUUGGGCGGUGACUAUACGCCAACCGACUGUUUUACAGCAACAGAAUCUACCGACUUAACUGGGCGAGAGAUGUCUCUGGUGGAUUAUGCCUCCUCAUCUGACGACGAAGAAUCGCCGGAAGCAAAAGUAGCCGAAGGACCACAGGCUCCGAAACCGGAACCCUCGCCGCCACCUGUAGCAAUUCUUCCCACCACCCAGAUGCAUGGGUCAUCAUCAAAUCGACUUCCACCACCAUUGUUACCUGGGAAACUCCCUGAUGCUUCACUUCUCUUGAACUCUCCGUCCAGUUCAUCAUCUGUGGGUGGAGCUGAUCAUAGAUCUUGGGUCGGAGUUGAUAAUCUAUCACUAAAGAGGGAUUCAGCUGGUCAACCUAACUCUUCCCGUCGCAGCAAAUUGCCAAAGGGUAACAGCUUGCUCCACACAAAGAAUACUCCUGAUACCUCUAGUGGCGUGUUGGUUCCUCCUCAACUUAGAGGAAGGAGCAAUGUUGUUACGGAAGAUGUGGGGAAGCUCUUCGUAAAACGACCUGCAUCAUCGCCAUCUCAGUAGUACUAUUAUGCUUUGCUCAACUUUCAUUUUUAGAGUCUAACAUUCUUGUAGCUUUGAGCGAAUACGUGGAGAUGUAUGUAUGUCCAAUCGUUACUUCCACCAGUGGACAUGUGGAAACUGUAAUCCGAAAAUCAAUUAGGAUUGAACAAAGUCAAUGUUGAGGGGUAGCAAGACAUUGGCCCACUUUGGAACCCGACCCCCAAACUCAAGGUAGUCUCAUCAAUCAAAGUUACUCCUGUUAUUUCAAGAGAUGUUAAUGAAGAAUCAAUCAAUCAAAAU